AUGUUCGCAACUCUAGUACGAAGAAUGGCAGGAGGGCCUAUACCUCCUAGAUUGAGGAAUGCGACAGCGACGCCCUUGGUAGAGGCUUAUAAUAGUCCAUACAAACCCAAGAAGAUUUGGCCGCCAGAUUUCUCCAAGCUCUCCCAAAAGGAACAGUUCCGGUUCGAACGGCGCUACAAACGGAGGGUAAAGCUUGCGACUGCGCGGCCUCGGUGGGAUAAAAUUGUUCGGUUGGCGCAGCUGUUUAGCGUGACUUCUGUCCUGAUUUAUUCGGUCUUGUUUAUGGAUUGGCAGACGGAGAACCAACCGUUCCAAGGGCUAAGGAGCAAGUUCUGGGGCGUACUCGGCGCAUUCUCUCCCGCACAGAGAGACGAGAGACGAACUCCCGAUAUAGCAGCUAUUACGAAUUCCAAGUAA